AGAGAAGGAGGAUGGCUGGUUUGCCGUCAAUCUUAAAACAAUUACAUGAGUAAGCUUGACAGGGUGGUGGAGCUCUUUGCAAGCCACUGCCUUGAGUUCCCCCCCUGUGAAAGUAGAGAAAAGCUUUUCUCCAAAGCUGUGCAGAUCUCUAUUCAGUGGCUUGGACUGGUGAGGAAACAACGUGUAAACUACAGGGUGCCAUGGGCCAGCUGUGCUGUUUUCGAUUCUGUAAAGACAAGACUGGAAGAAAGAAUCAGAAUGAACCUGAUGAGGAGGAACUGAUCAGUCUGAGUAAACGGCUAGUGGAGACCGCUGUGAUUAAGGCUGUACAGCAGUACCUAGAGGAAACACAACCUAAAGCAAAACUGAACACAAAUGGGCAGAAAAACAGCUCAAAAUGGUUUAAGGACACUGACCCAAACAAUGGAAACAAGAAAUGAAAAAGUUACAUUUUAAAACCGGUGUUUAGUGUGUGCAGAGAGUAUUUUUAUGAGUACACGUGAUCAUUGUCUCAAGUGUUCAGUGCACCAAGGUUGAAAAAGCUGAGGAAAAAUAAUACACUGCAAUGGAGGAAAAUCAAGACCUUCACAGUUUAUUCAUCCGAGGUUCUCCAACGCAACGUCUGAAAGAAAGUGAUCGUCUUCUCAAUGCUUGUGUAUGGACGUCAAAUGUGAUGAAAGGGUCUCGAGUACCUGAAAAUAUUGAUUUGAUUUUUCUUCAAGACACCAGUUUCAUUGAUUUAGUUUGUACAACUGUUUUUUUCUUAUUAUUGUAGCGCAAAUAUAGUGAUUCAUAAUAGAAAAUAAUAAAUCUAAAAUGAUUGAGAAUAGAGAAUAAGUAAAACUGAUUGAACUGUUGAACUAAGCUAUGUAGAUUUAAUAAUUUCACAACAUUGUUACAUGUAAGCUGAACCUUCUAGUGCACACGGAUAUUACAAGUAUUUAUUUAUAAUUAUGGUUGUGCUGUAAAACAAUCUAUAUUUCUUUUGAAUAUUUAGUUUGAAAUUGUAAUUUAAAUCAACUUUUGUA